AUGUGUUUUUUUAAACAAAGAGCUCGGUGCAACGACCUGCCCUUAUUUGGUAGAGUCAACGCGAAGGCGACAUAUUAUGAUGAAGCUGCAAACGAAGGUGCAAAGAGUUCAGUAGCGACCUUGCUCCGAAGACCAGUUGGUGUCAAAUUGCAGCCACAUUCUGCCGCUCGCCUCCAUCGCGCGUGCGGUUCAAUUGAAAAGGAAUGCCCCCAACAUUCGAUAGCCCGACUACUUGAUACACUCUCCACAUAG